AUUGACCUCUAAUAGUCACUGCUCAGAACUGUCAGUAUAGUUCUACGCUCUUGACACACCAGAAGCUAAAACCAGUUGGCGAACCCUGUAUGUGCCACUAUGUGGGCCUUUCCAGAUAAACCUCGGACCUAUCACUUCUCCUGUGUCGUUUUUCAUCUUCUAUAAACAACUAGCUUUCGCUUCUUGAUAUUUCUUAGAUGAGCAUGAGGUGUGUGAUAUGAUGGCAUGGCUGGUGGAUCUGGAUUGAUACUAGCGAAAUAUGGUGUAUGAAGAAGCUCGUUACCCCUCUUUCGCUGCCAAGCGGCUCACUUGGACUGCUUUAACUUGCUCCAUCCGGGCGAUACUGACAUGUUCUAUGAAGAACGAGCACCAUCCUUCUAUCUUAUGCUGCGAGACACUGACCUUGGUCACUGCUCAGUCUUAAUUGCAUUUGUUCAGGCUCAGGAAGGAUACAUUUCGAAUGU